AUGGCCAGCACGCCGGGAACCGCCCCGACCCCCGACGCCCGAACAUCCACCACCACAACCACCGCAACCGGAACCGUCUCCUCCUCCCGCCUCAAGAAGCGCGAGGCGGACCGCAAAGCGCAACGCAUCGCGCGCGAGAAGACCAAGAACAGGAUCGCCCACCUCGAGAGCCUCGUCGCGGAGCUGAGCCGGAAGGAUGACAACGCGACGACGGUCGCGCUGAUGACGCAGCUAUCGAGGGUGACGGAGCAGCGGAAUAAGCUGGUGAGCUGUCUCGAGACGACGUCCGGGAUGUUUUCGAAGAAUCUGGAGGAAGUCAGGGAGAGUGAGGAGAAGAGCGGCGCGGCGGGGAGGGAGGGCGUGGAGGAGGCGAAGGCGGCGGUGUUGCUGGACGCGGGGUUGGAUUUCCUGGCGCCGCCCCCGCCUGCGGUAGGGCCGACGGAGGAGAAGAUCGCGAGUGAGCUGGAAACGAGGAGCUCGGAUCACGACGUCGAUUGCCUCAUGAACGGGACCGCCUUGGACGCGAGCGAUCUCUGGAUCGACGGCGUCUUCCCGCAAACCAUGCCCUCACCACCACCACCGCCCAUCCCAGUCCCGACAACAAAACCACCACAAUCAACUCACGACCCGUCAAAACAUCCCCCCUCGUCACCGAAAACGAUCAAAUCGCAGCACUGCAAACAGACGUGCAGCUGCGCCAGCACGACGCGGACGCGCCGCCUCUCCGACGGCUCGCUGGUCAGCCACAACUGCUGGAACGCGGGCAACGAGAUCCUCAAGGAGCCGUUCCCGCUGACGGAGGCGAUGCUGCGCCUCGAGUACCAGGUCAGCGAGGACGUGCCGGUGCACGCGGUGCUGCACGGCUGGGACAGCCUGGCGCACUCGGGGCGGAUGACGCCGCUGUGGCGCAAGGUGCGGCAGCUCGACGAGCUGUGCUUCAACGGGUGCGGGCCCGCGGAGAGGUUGGCCGUGUUGUUCAUGAUUCACCUGCUCAUGAGGGCGUAUACGGACCCGACGCCGGUCAAGUCGGCCGUGGUGCCGCAGUGGUAUCUCAAGACACAACUCCAACAAAUCUCCCCGGGCCACGACCCCUCGGCCGACUACUUCACCUGGCCCGCCCUGCGCUACCGCUUCGCGACAACCCCGCACCGCUACUGCGACAACACCUUCUGGCACAUGUUCCGCGAGCAUCUGCGGAUAACCUGGCCCUUCGACUUCCGCGACUGCUACGUCCGCAACGUCCACCUCGGCGCCUACGGCCUCUCCCCGCUCUUCAAGGACCGCCUGCGCGAUUUGAGAGCGUGGACCAUGGAGCCCGACUUCUUCGCGCAGUACCCGGAGCUCAGGCAGGACGUGCCGCAGUUCCCGGGCCACCCGUCGCCCGCGGUGAGCAUGUCGAGCCCGCGGCAGGACGCGACGGGGGCGUUGACGGACGCGGUGUUGAACGGGGAGAGCGUGAUGGGGACCGCGGAGGAGAGGGGUGAGGAGGGGGAGGAGGAGUCGGAGGGGGAGUUGUUUCUAGGGGACCUGGGGAUCGAGACGGGUUCUGAUUUCUUAUUCUUUCAAGAGGCCUUGUGCAACGCGGCAAAUCCGCAGGAGUCGGGGACUAGGUUAAGUAAACACAAAGACAGCUCGUGUAUCUCCUUAUAG